AUGGAGAAAAGGGAAGAUCUUGAGACUAUUUUACCAUACUUAUCUCUAGUGGUUAAGGAUUCGUCUCUUUCUUGGUCAUCGCCGCGCGUGGUGGAAAUUUUAGAAGCUAUGGCCAAAGGACCGAGUCACAGCCGAGUCGUCUCGGGACAAACUCUGUCAGAUUCCAUCUCUGAGAUGAGACAAUCUCUCUCUUUGACUUCUCAUCUUUCUUGUUCAGCACGUCAAGGAUACGCUCUCUUCUUCGACGAGAGAAUGUCAAAAGAAGAAUCAAGCAAAUGGUUUAACGAUGUUUUGCCUGCAAUGGCUUGUCUUAUUUUGAGGUUUCCAGCUCUCUUGGAAUUGCAUUAUUUGAAUUCAGAGAAUGUAAUCAAUGGAACCAAGACCGGUCUUCGUGUCUUAGGCCCCAAGAAAUCUGGCAUGGUGUUCCUCAGUCAGGAACUUAUAGGAGCAUUGCUUGCAUGUUCUUUCUUCUGUUUGUUUCCUGUUGACAAUAGAGGCUCAAAUUGUCUUCCAAACAUCAAUUUCGAUAAACUAUUCGGAAGCCUAAUCAACACGGCACAAAACGAACAUCUGGAGAACAAGAUCAAGUGCAUAAUUCAUUACUUCAAGAGGCUAUCUUCAUGUAUCCCUCCUGGAUUCGUCUCAUUCGAACGGAAGAUUCUCUCUCUAGAACAAGAUUCUACUUGUCUCGAAGCUUGUCCUGAUGCAAGCUUUUGGAGCACAUCUACCCUCAGUCUCUGCCCUGUUGAGGUUCAUACUUCUGGUUUAAUCGAGGAUCAAAGCGUUGAGGCUCUUGAAGUUGACUUUGCCAACAAGUACUUAGGAGGCGGUGCUCUUCGCAAGGGAUGUGUCCAAGAAGAAAUUAGAUUCAUGAUAAAUCCAGAAUUGAUCGCUGGUAUGCUCUUCUUACCUGCCAUGGAAGUUACUGAAGCCAUUGAAGUUGUUGGUGCUGAAAGAUUCUCUCACUACACAGGAUAUUCAUCUUCGUUUCGGUUUUCCGGUGAUUACAUCGACACAAAGGAGAUAGAUGUUUUCGGAAGGCGAAAAACAAGAAUCAUCGCCAUAGAUGCUCUACGUCAUCCAGGAAUGUCCCAGUACAAACCUGAAUGCCUCCUCCGGGAGACCAAUAAGGCUUUCUCUGGUUUCCUUCAUGUCUGCAAGAACCAAAGCAACGGACAAUGCACAGAUCAUGAAGAAGGAGUUGGUGUUGCUACAGGGAAUUGGGGAUGUGGUGCUUAUGGUGGAGAUCCUGAGAUCAAAUCUCUUCUUCAAUGGAUUGCUGUUUCACAGGCAAGAAGACCUUUCAUGUCUUACUACACUUUUGGAUUCGAAGCAGUCCAUAACCUAAAUCAGGUAACAGAAUUGGUUGUAUCUAAAGGAUGGUCAGUGGGAGAUCUAUGGAAGAAACUGGUCGAAUAUUCGAACCAGAGGUUAACAGGCAACAAGAAAAGAAGAGAGCCUAAACUUGGAUUAUUUGAUUGGCUUAUUUCGAUCAUAUCUGCUCAAAAGCAUUGA